CAGGCGAAAUAUACAGGAUAUGCCGUUUCCAGACACAAAGAUGUGAUGUAAAAGAAUGGAGAGUGACAUAAAUCUAUAAAAUGAAACAAGGAAUCAAGGAGUAUAUGUAUGCUUUGGACAUCAUCAUAAGCAAUGCAAUGGAUAGAGGAUUUAUUUGAGGAUUAGCAAACACAUCACAGGGAAGUGGUUUGCAUUACCUGGACAAAUAAAGGAUACCUCCCCACAUGUAUGCUCUUUAAUGCUAAAAAAUAUAUCCCAGAGCAGAAUGGCCUCCACAGGGACAGAAAGUUGGUAUUAUGAAUCUCUAUCAUAUGAUAUUUAUAGUGGGACUCAAAACAAUAGUUUAUUAUUAAAUGGAUCUGAAGAAGAGCCAACUAUUGACCCUUUCUACUUUCCUCAACCAAGUGCAAUACAUUCUGUAGUCGACCUUGUGCUCAUGUCCGUUUUCCUUGUCACUGGAACAGUUGGCAACAUGUUGGUGAUUCUAGUGUACCUGAGAAACACCAAACGUAAGCAGUCAACAGCAAAUCACUUUCUUUGUAGCUUAGCCAUAACUGACUGCACAGUCUGUAUCAUUGUUGUGCCAAUGCAUAUAUACUUUGAGAUCAUGGCCAUGCAUCGUAGGAUCACAGCUUCUGAGUGUAAGGCGAUAAUGGUGAUCUGGCACCAAACUCUGAUCUGUUCAUCAUGGAUCCUAGUUGGGAUCUCCAUCGAUCGCUUCUACUCCCUCUGCCGACCCUUCGACAUGCGCAUACACUCCAGGAUGGUGCGGAAGAUCAUCAUCUGCAUCUGGGUCAUGUCCGUCCUGGUGGCGUUCCCAGCGGUGUUCUACUACGGCGCUCCAGGGUGUCGGUUCACGGUGAAGGUGGGUUCUCCAAUGAGGAUCUUCCUUGCCAUAGGCCAGGCGUCUAUCACUCUCAUCCUACCAUUGACUGUCAUAGGAAUGAACUACCUCCGUAUCUUCUCUGUCCUAUCGAAACGAAACCGCCAUGCGCAGCACCAACUUGGACGGUGUAGGGUCAUGAACCAGACACGCUUGAUCGUCGCCAAGCGUCUCCUUCUGGUCAUUGCUGUUUUUAUCAUAUGCUGGUUACCGAGGACCAUCCUUGAAAUAUAUCACAGUUUUGUGCACGAGGACCCACAAGUCAUGAAGGUGCUGAUUGUGUACAUUUGCAGGAAUAUUCUACCGUAUCUCAACUCAGUUUUAAAUCCACUUCUUUAUUCUAUGAUAAAUCCUAGUUUUCGGCACGAGUGUUGGGAUAUUCUCUGCUGCAGAUACAACAGGAGGAGACUUUUGAGAGCGAACAGCAUUAAAAAUGGAAGUGCUUCUAGGAGAACAUUUAACAGACAAUCAAGUUAUAAUGAUGUUUGGUUAUAGAAGUAGCAGUACUACCAUCAGGCAUUAAACAUAACAAAUUCUUAUGAAAUCAUAUAUUUUUUCCCCCAAGUAAUUAGGGUUUGAGUAGUUAUUCCUAUUCAUUUCUGAUUUCUCCAAGGCCCAUGCAACUUCAGUCCGCCCCCUACUCUCUUUUUAUUUCUUUUUAUAUUUUUAACUCUUUCUAUUUUGCAAUUACAAUAAUAUAUUACAAGUCAAGAUUAUAUUUAAAAAUUUGAAUUCUUCUGGAUUCUGUAAUUUCAAUGAGACAGUUCUAAUAAAAGAAAUGUAUAACUACAAUUAAGAAUAUGGGCAACCUGUCCUUUCAUUUGUUCUUGUAGACAAAAGGUUCAAAUUAUUUUUCACCUCAUUUUCUUUCUUUCCUCAGCCUCUGCCGCUGCCCCUCCUCCUCCUUUUUCUUCCCACCUCUCUCCUCCUCUUCUUGUUAUUCUUCUCUUCUUCUUACUAGAUGUAAUGAUAGUAGUGACUACUUAUUUCAAUUUUUCAUUUAAGUUCUUCUAAUUAGUCAUUUCAUUUAAUGUAUUUAUUAUAGAUCAAUUUUGUUUCUUCUCUAAACAUGUAUUCUAAUUCUUCAAUUACAAAUUCACAUCAUUUUUAUUUGUCAUUCAUUGCACAUUGUAUAAUUUGAUAUAAUUUUUUCCCCUUACAUUUUGAUUCUUUUAAUCUAUUCUUGACCUAUUCUCUAAAUUUUAUUCAUACGAGAUACUUCAUUUAAAUCUAUGUCAAGGUUUCUGGACACCUCAUUCAUCUUUUUAAUAGCCUUGUUUAAUAGCUCCCUUUAAUAUGCAACACAUGGAUCCACCAUUUACGUCACUGAGAAAAUUUAUGACGUAUAUUGAGCUCUUGAAAGACACAGCAAUACACUGCUCUAGUAUUUCUAAGGGCCAUUAUUUGGAAGGCUCCUGAAAAGAAAACAUCUCUUUAGUCUUAAUUAACCAUCAAGGCCAAACAAGAAGGAGAAAUUUAAUUGAUGUGUGAUAAUGUGCGCACAGAAUCCUUGCAGCUUAAGUGGGUCAUUAGCAUACAAGUAUUGUUUGUAUUUUAAUCAAGUGCAAUGGUUGACACUUGUAAACAAUGACUUCAAUUUUGUUAUUCAUUCAUGAAAUAAUUUGUGGAUGGUGUGAUGGGAGAACAAAUAUUGUAAGUAUUAAGAUAGUUAGGUAGAUUAAAAAGGAUUCAGGGAUAGAGAGUGGGAGUCAGAGAGAGGGAACAACAGAGAUACAAUGUAGAAAUAGACAGAGACAAAGAAGGGGUAUUUCCAAAAAAGUAAGAAAAGAAAGUGCUACAAAGACUGAAAACCAAAGUGUUAUAUACAAAUGAAGCAGAAUGCUAUUGCAAAGGAAAAGUGGUAAGACAAGAUAAAUAGGAAGAGAGAAACACAAGUUUCAGUAUGAAUCUGAAACCCUUAUGGUCAAUUCCUUUGCUUACAAAUUCAUUGAAGAAGAAGAAAAAAAAGAAUGUAUACAAACAACUGCCAUUCCAUUGUGCCAUUAUUUUACCAAAACCUUCCCACAGCCAUUUCCAAUAAAUUCCUCAUCUCAAUGUGUCAUUUUUUCCUGUCAUUUAACAUACUCAUCACACCAACACCAUAUAUUUCAACUGUCAUUAGCGGCACUACACAUCAAAGAUACCAUAAAUUCCUCCCUGACAUAAAAAUGUAUAUACACAAACAGGCCAGUAAAACCAUCAGUGUUGAAUACCUUGCAUAUAUUUAUGGAAAAGGGAGGGGGGGGGGGUAAUGGAAGUGGAGGGGCUUUGGUAUACACAUACCUACAGUAUAUUAGUAAAUUUAUUUGCAUUUCUUUAUCUUUUGAUGAGAUGAUGUUUUGGCCCAAUCACAUCCUAGGUUUUAAAGGGUUGCUGAUCAUUUUAUUCCUAUAUAUUGUAUAAUAUACUAUUUUUAUGUUUGAAUAAAUUGAAAUU